AUGAGCACCAGCCAAGGCCCUUUGCAGUUUUUUUCUGGGUCCCUCAGGGGUAGUGCAGGGUGUGGUUUGGCCCAGCAAGGAACCUCUUACAGACCUGCAGGUGCAGACGGUGGUGCCAGCAGCACAUAUGCCUCCUUCUCCUCUGCCAGACCCCUCUGGCUGGCGACUGGAGGAGGGGCACCUUGGGGAGGCUUCGUUGAGCGCCACAGGGAAAGCAUCUUCCUGGGUGGGAAUGAGAAACAGACUAUGCAAAACCUGAAUGACCGUUUGGCCGCCUAUCUGGACAAGGUGCGCUCCUUAGAAGCGGCUAAUGCUCAGCUGGAAAGCUGCAUCCUGGAGUGGCACAAGACAAAGUCGCACGGAAAGAGGUAUGACUUCAACCAAUACGAGCAAAACGUCACUGACAUGCAAAGACAGAUUGAGGAUGGCAAGAUCACCAAUGCCAGUAUCCUUCUACAAAUUGAUAACGCUAACAUGGCAUCCGAAGACUUCAGGCUCAAGUACGAAGCAGAGAAGUCUCGCAGGCAGGGAGUGCAGCUUGAUGUUGAGAACCUGCGUAAGGAGCUCGACGGCCUGACUAUUACUACAACAGAUCUGGAAAUGGAAAUUGAAGGCUUGAGGGAAGAGCAUAUCCUCAGGAGGAAAGACCAUGAGGAGGAUAUGGAAGCAAAUCGCUCAUCACAAGACUUCCAAGUCAAUGUAAAAGUUAAUGCAGCACCUCCUGAGGACUUGGCCAAGAUCCUAGCAGAAAUAAGAGAAGAUUAUGAAGCCAUAAUUGAAAAGAAUCGCCAAAGCCUGGACAGUUGGUACAGAGAACAGAGCGCAGUUAUGUCCCUGGCAGCAACCCCUAACCCUGAACAGAUACAGCGCAAUGAGAACGAGAUCAAGGAUCUAAUGCGUACUUUGCAGUCCCUGGACAUCGAGCUGCAGGCACAGAUGAGCAAGAAACACAUGCUGGAGGACACCUUGGCUGACACUCGGAACUACUAUGCUGUUGCGCUUCAAAACAUGCAGCAGAUUAUCUCCAAAUGUGAGGAAGAGCUAAGCCAGGUUCGUCAUGACAUUAAGCAGCAAAAUAACCAAUACAAGGUUCUUCUUGGGAUCAAAACUCGCCUGGAGAAAGAAAUUUCCACUUACCGCCUGCUGCUGGAAGGGAACUUUGAUGGGAUAGCAAGAAAAUUGGAAUCAAAAACUAAAGGUAAAAGUGCCUUAUUUUGUUCUCUAUAG